AUGUUUGCGGGCUCGGCUGCGGAGGUCUCGCCCGGCCCGCAACCCCAGGGUUGGCUCCGCCAGAGCAUGACAGAUGCAGCACGGUCGAAGGCCACAGUGUAUGUCGCAGGACUAGAGAGCGCAGUGGAUGGCAAUAUCCUUGCUGAUGCCUUCAUGCCGUUCGGGGAAAUUGUCGAUAUUACUCUCCCAAAGCCUGAGCUACCCUCCUCCACAGACCCUCACCGGGGCUUUGGCUAUAUCGAGUUCGAAUCACCUGCAGAUGCUAAAGAGGCUAUCUAUAACAUGGACCAAAGCGAGAUUUUUGGCAGAGUUAUCAAAGUCGCACAAGCAAAGCCACAGAAGGACGCAAGUGAGGGGCUAGGCUCCAAGACGGCUGUGUGGGAGCAAGAAGGCUACUUGGCUAAGCAUGCUGUCCGUGAUGAAGAUACGAUAGGCAGGAGCGCAGCAGAAGAAGACGAGCCAGAUCCAGGCGUAGACCCCAUGCAAGGGCUCGAGGCCGCAGAUAUUGCGGGUCCCAAGCCGAUUUGA